UCAUUUCAACUGUACUCCAUGGCGGCAGUAAAAUAUCCAGCAUUGCGUUGAGUUUAUUUUUGCGAGGGAACGAUCAUAUGUUUGCUUUCACGCUAUUUUUGUUCAAGCUUUCAAUUCUGCACUAGCAAAAGGAACAAAGAUUAAGAAACAUGGCUCAAAAUCAUUGGUCAAGCCCUGGGAUAUGAAAUUGUUUUCCAAGCUUCCACUACCACUGAACGCUGCAGCAAGUACAUCCGCAUCUGGAGAAAACAAAGUAGUGCUGGCUUUACUCGCAGGGAAAAGAACGUUAGACUGGGCCGCGUGCAGAGGACGGUUAGUUCUUGGCGCGGAUCACCCAGGAAUCAUCAACCUCAUAAACGGAAAAACGAAAAACGUCCCGACGAACGCAGUUGCCGAAUUACAAAAAGCCAUCUCGCGUAUAACCGGCUAUGAGAAAAUAAUAUUUACAAAAACUGGGUCGGAAGCGCAGGAAUUGGCAAUUCGAUUAGUCGCCUCCUGGGGUGAACGAGAAGGAAAAGAUAAAGAAAAAGGAAUCGCACUUGUUACACCCUGCUCUCCAUGGAGUCACGAGCGAUUCCCUCUGGGCCCUAUGAAAAAGAAAGCCCUCCCAUUUGACAACCUGUCCGCCCUUGAGGGCGAGCUAUGGACGAACAACUCCGCCGUCGCUUUCAUGAUGAACACAAUCCACUGGUCGGAAGACAAGGGUUUUCAAGUUCCUGGCACGAGGUACUUGACCGAGGUGAGAAGAGUGUGCGACAAGCACAACAUUCUCUGGGUGACGGACGAAUCCGCGAGCGCUUUCGGGAGGACGGGCUAUCCUUUGGCAUUCAUGGCUGAGUCCUGCCGGCCGGACAUCGUUGUCAUUGGUGACACUCUCGGAGGAGGUAUUUAUCCGACAUCUGCCGUGUUGCUCUCAGACAGGGUGUUCUGCGGUAAGGAGGAUAAGCCGGUGUUGAAGUUGCCCGAUUCUUCUCUGUCGAACCACGCCGCUGCCGUAGGUCUUGAGGUGAUAAAAGGAUACGAAAUGGAAGACCUGGCAGAGGCUGCAAGAAUGAACGGGAUCUGCCUUAAAACGGCAAUCCAAUGGGCGUUGGGACCGGAGGAGCUGACGUGCGUCACUGGGAAAGGACUAUUAAUGGCAAUAAGGGUCCAUGGCGGAAUCGGAAGUGCUUCUGAAAUUUGCCUCGAGAUGAGAAAAAGAGGGGUUUCUGUCUGGCCGUGUUCCGAUCACUACAUACUCAUUACUCCACCGUUGACAACAUCCCAAGAAGAACUCGUAGCCGGUGUCAUCGUCCUGGCUGGCGUUUUGGACUGGCUUUUGGAAAGGACCGCUCGGAAACAUUGCAUAGGAAAAUUUAAAUUUGAUUGAACUUAAAAAUAUUAUAUCUAUAUAUAAUAUAAUGCAAAAAAUGUCCCUUGUUCAAAUAUAUACUGGCCGUUGAGAAGA